AUGAGUCGCAGUGUGUCGCAGAUAUAUCAGUUUCUAUUGAUUUCCCAAUUUAUUUAUUACUCGACUGAAGUGGAAUAUGAGUUUAUACCGCAGGACGAAAGGUACUACGAGAAGUGCAAGGACUUGCCGGAUGCCCUCGGCAUGGAGGAAUUAUUUGACAUGACCAAUCUAAAUAUUGCUAUGACCGAGGAAGGUCUCCAAUUUUCGGGAAACAUGACCUCUACGUGGCUUGGACUUGACCCAUCCGAUCGGAUUCAGAUGGCCACAAGUAUCCAAUACUUUGACCGUGGAACCUGGGUACCAACUAUACUGAAUAUGCUGAUUCCCGAUUUUUGCAAAUUUCUGUACGAUGAAAGGCAAUCCUGGUACACAUGGUCUUCACAUAUAAUUAAUCGAAAAGAAAUAGAGACAGAAUGUUUCAAAGUGCCGGGAACUGUUUUUAUUUUCGACACAUAUCCGACUAGCUUCAGAUUUGGAAGUGGCAUAUAUUUAAAACCUGGUCGCUAUUCACUUCAGGUUCAGUUUACGGCUUACGACAAGUUCAACAAAAAGCGUCCAACUGAAGUCUGCUACGAAAUAAGGGGCGAAUUUUUUAAGGUCUAAUCAUAUUAAAUACAUUGUGGUUAUUGAUACAAAGAAUAAUAAAAAGUAUACAAGGCCUA